UUCGUGCCAACCCUGCAUAGUUACUGGGUCCAGUUUCGGUGUGUGGGGAUCUUUUGUAGCCCUUCAUCACUUACUUCUGUUUCUUGUGUCGGUGGUUGUAUCUGUGCUGUUGGCCCAAAGAGUUUCUUUCAAGUUGUGUGACACAAUCAAGCCCUACCUUGUCCUAGCCAGCGCCCGUUGUUGACAGUCAGUCGACGCCAUUGCGAGAGACUGAGCUGAGGACGGCCAAAGCUAGCUAGUCUGUAUACCCUAGUAGCUACUGUAUCGAGAUCUUUUCUCCUCGUCUUCAUCAUCAACCAGAACACUGUUCAUCGCAGCAAGUGAGUAGUCCAGGCUUCCUUUUUCAAGGUUCAUUGUGGUCAGUGACAAUUAUUUAGUCCACAUUCGAGGCUAGAGAGGCGUCACUAUACAGCUAGUGUAGCUUUGGACACAGCACCUCAAUCAACACCUGACAGAGCUAUAUCCACCAAUCUGCAAUCUGCAAGCAGUAUACUAUUAGUAUCUAGGAAUACUGGUAGCCAUGGCGUCUACGAAGACCAAUGGCAAUUUUGAUGCCAGCAAGGUAGUGCAAGACCUGCUGGGCACUGUCUGCAAGGUUCCAGAAACUCCCAAUGGGAAGAUAAUGGAUGACUUGGAUACCCUCAAGACAGCUCAGAUGGAUCUAGAGCACUUGCUGGAGGUUCAGGAGGUUCUCAAGGACAAGAUUGAAGCCAAAAAGAACCAAGUGGAAGAUCUGCAAGUCAGGGUAUCUCCAUUCCUCUCGUUUACAAACACGAAUCUAUUGGCACAUUUGGUUUCGUUUCUAGACGAAGAAGCACUCUGGAAAUUGGAACUCGUCAUGCCCUCGUGCAUCAAGGCACCUGCCUUUAUCGCACAAUGGAAAUACCUCGACAUGUCCAAUCCUUUCUCGAGCAAUUCCAUUGAUUCCAAUGCCCGAGAACGCAGCAUUCGGUUCGUCUUGGCAUCCAAAUAUGCCCAACGCAUGGAAGAAUCCGCCAAGUAUCAUUACAAUCCACGGGCGCACAUUCAAAAACAAUAUCCUUGGCCCGACAAAUUGUACAGUCGCGAAGAUUUCCGAAACGACUUUUUGGGAUACGACAAUGGCGACGAACCACCACCCGCGCUAGAGUUUUUUGUCCGGGUCGCCUAUCGAGAAUCCGAAACCGACGACGAUGCGCCUACCGCAUGUCUCUUGGAGGGAUUCUUGUCGGAUUAUUCCGAUCUCGAUCCGUGGGAUCGAGACAAGUACACCAUUAUCGAAUUGGGCGACAAUGACAAUACCCACGUACACAUGGUCUGCAAUGAUAUUGGCCGGUUGGACGAUAUUGAAAACAUGGGCGUCAACUUUUCCUACAAUUGGAGACGAAAACUUCAAAUCGAUUGGCCCGAAUCGGAACAAAAGGCGUACAUGAAACGCGUAUCCUUGACUGUGUUGGCGUGUGAACCCACAAGCAGCAAUAAAAGUGCCGAAAUGGGAGGACCGCCACUCCGAUCUCAUUUGGUCGUGGCCACCCGUGGAUUCAACAAGAUGGCACCGGGAAAUGUAGCCAUUAUGCCCCCACGAUCGUAUUUGGCCAAAGCCCGAACGGCCAAUUUGUUGGAUUGUGUCAACGUUGGACUCAAGCCCAGUGAAGAAGCGGGCAAACUCGGGUUCCGAAUCAUGGUCGAUUGGGGAACUCAGGAAGUGUUUACGCGAAGAAAGUCCAUCUUUGAUGCGUACUAAAUAAACGAACUCAGGAGGCUGCAGACCAAGCAAGACGUCACAGGAAGGAUGGUCCUUGUUCUCUCUUGCACUUUCUUUCGUCCCUUGUGUGACGCAAACAAAAAGCAGAAAUGUCAACAACAGGAAGAAACAACCAAGGUAGGGGAUGCUGGGUGGUGGGAUUCUUGCUUGAAGAAUCUGCGACGAGAGAGAGGUUGCGUUCCAAUAGUUUACGUGCCUGUUUAUUUAUUUUUGGAUGUCCAUGGUUGUAUUGCAUGCUUUAUUACAUACGUGCAAGCAUUUAUCUUGCGCAACAAACAAACAAAACUAGCUAGUAGAAUUGCAGAAAUUUUGGUUGGGUAGUCUAGUCUACACGACGCCAUUCGUUUUUCUACCGUACAAACCUAGCUAGCCUCUUGAAAUCAAGAGGACGAACAGAUCAGAAUCGAAUCGAAUCAUGCCUGGUAGCUCCAUACGAAUCACUAUCUACCAGAAAAGCAACACAUCCCGG